UUCAGAGUGCAGCUUCCAGCUGAAGUUCAACAUGGCUCGUAACGUGGCAGUGACCUCCCUCCUCGUGGCUCUGUGCCUCAUUGCAGCAGUUGCUGGACACAGCACGUAUGGCAUUGGCGGGCACCGACCUGUUGUCCACGCCAGUGGGCUGCUCGGCGGUGUCCACGGAGGCGUCCACGGAGGUGUUCUUGGUGGAGUUCACAGCGGUGCCCUUGGUGGUGUUCACAGCGGUGUCCUCGGGGGUGUCCACGGAGGUAGUGUUCAUGGCGUAGGACUUGUAGGCUCUGGCAUCCACGGCGCCGGAUCCUUCAACACCGCUCAUUACCCUGGUCUUGUGCCUGGUUACAGCUUCUACGACCAAAGACCCGUGCUCGGAUACAACACGUGCAAGUACUGGUGCAAGAGUAACUAUACCAACAAGUACUACUGCUGCCAACGACCUUACCAAGGAUAGAAUUCUUCACUGAUAUAUUUUUUUUCUUUUGUUUUUGUGUUAAUCGUCUUCUAUAGUACUAUAAAACUAUUUGUUUGCUCUAAAAUAAAGCUUAUUUUUGUAUGA